AUGGGACGCGAAAAUGUAUCAAAGGAAAGUGAGGAUAGCUCUUUGACUAUUUUGGAUGACGAGAGCUCGUGCUGGCGAGCAUUUUGCUACCAAACAUGGCAGGUUUUGGUCUUGGGACGUAACAAAAAUGAAUGGUUUGGAUUGAAACGGACAUUGGAACAAUUGGGACAAAAAAAGGUGUUGCAGGCAAUGGAACAUGUGGAAAACGAGGUAGUGGAACGAAGUAUCGAAACGCGGUAUCGUUGGCUUAUGUCAAUGGUUCAAGGAAAACGAUUUGUGCCUAUGAGCGCUAAGUUUGCGGGGAAGGCGCCUUGGAACGAAGCGAUAGUGGGGGAAGCAGAGGAGGGUGUAGAAGAAAACGGCAUCGUAACACAAUCUUCAACUGAUAUAUCCCAGAACAGUGCUAUAGAUGAUUGUUCUUUCGUUGCAAGUCUCAUAAAUAUCAGACAACGAGCUCCAACCACGCUGGUAAUUGAACACCCAUAUCCCUCGUUAUACAACGUGAACUUGCAUUUCAACGGGGCUCCCAAUCGUCUGGUACAGGUGCGCUCUGCAGAUUUGCGAGACAGGCCCACGGUAUGCUCUUCAAAUGUGGCAGACAAGGCCCUAGAAAACGCAUACAUGCAAGUUAAAAACAGCUCCUGUUCUCAAUACAACGGCUCCAACAGCGCUAUCGACACGUUUCUGCUGAACGGCUUUAUACCUGAGGUUUCUGCGACUCACAAAACAUCGGUUGAGCGCAUCGCUUCGCUUUUCAAAAGCGCAUCGUGUCUCAUAACCUUAGGAACCGCCGCUACAGUACAUGACCCGCUUUUUCUUACCCAUCACGACUACCCGGUGACCGGGAUCACCGAAGAAGGGCUGCUGAGUAUCAGAGACCCCUUGGAAGAACACAGCUCCUUUACCGUGUCACAGGACCGCUUGGCACAGAAUUUCAGUGUUGUGUAUCUCAACUGGAACACUACGAUGCUGUUUGCCAAGCAUCGUGUUUUCACCUUCAAAUAUGACUCUUCUCAAAACAAGACAUCACCCAGUCUCCUAGAGAAAUUCAUUUACCAAGUGGAUAACCAAUCACAGGUCUCAGAACCUGUUUGGGUCUUGCUAGAACGACACCUCGACGCUUCGGCUGGUGACAAGGAUUUCUGCCAUCUGGAGCUCGUCUCCCCGGAUCUUCUGUCACCGCAACAAGUGAGGGGCUCUAACCUCGGAUUUGACUUGCUCAAGCUCGAGUUACGUCCUAGGGACUGCAAGCUGAUAGCUUGUUUGUCCGCAGUGUCUGCAAACUAUAGCAUCCAUUUUUAUCAUGUCUCCGACCGCAUUCAAGUUCGAAAAUUUGAUAAGAAUGUUCAUUCCGCCUCGGCGGAUGGCGAAUGGGACGCAGUGACCAACUUUGGUCCCUUUUCCAAUGCUUGUUACUACAUGAAUCCGACAUUCGAGCUAGUCGUCAAGGGCACACACCGAACGACAAUUUACAUCGAUAUACAGCUGAUAAGCUACACGUCUGCCGCCGUGAACGCUCAGGUUUUCCAUUCUGAAGACGCUGAACUGGCUCAUCCUAUUCUUACCGAUAACACUUACGAGUCGAAGAUUCAUGUGAGGCGUUCGGUGCCGCUUGCUACAGAUACUCGUUACCACAUUGUGUGCUCCACUUUCCACGACAAGAUAAACGCAGGAAAGUUCAAGCUCCUCGCCCUGGACCCAUCCGGUUGCAAUACUAUUACUGUAAAGCGCGUCUACCCACAAUUUGGUCCUCAUCGCUACCAUAACAAGUUCGACUUCAAUUGGCGUACAACGAAUCGCCAAAAAGUCAGAUUAUCACCAAGGCUCACGACUAAAGCUCAAUUGCGUGUUCUACCACUUCAACUGAACCCCUCGUUAUCGGUAAGGAUCAACAUUUUCACGAAUGACACCAAAGUUGCCGUCUUCACUAGCCAUGAGUUUUUGAAGGUCCCAAGACACGGAUUGGUCUUAAAAGAUAUCGUCCUGAAAGCUGAAGAAAUCUUGGUAAUGCUCAUCGAAAAUCAAGGGCCUGUCAGAACCGUCCAGGAUACGACAAUGCGCUUGGAGCUAGGCUCGGACUUCGAUAUCGCUAUAAACGAAGUCUAG